UCGUCUUCUGAACAAAGAAAUCUCAGAAGUUAUCAAAAGUUUGGAGAAACCUAUCGGUUGCUGCAAGAGACAGAGUAGAUCCGCAUCUGUUUCACCCAGCGCCGCGUUCUCUCUUAUCUUCCAGGAGAAUAACCUUUUUUUUUUUACCAGUCGUUCGGUUCAUCUUUCUCGAACUCCGGUUUGUUUCAUUGUUCAAAUAUAGGCAUGGUUCAGUUGGGUUACUUGUCUUUGUGAAAGAGUUGCCCGCAAAAUAGGCUAUAUUCUUAUUUUAUUUUUAAGAAUAAAUGUAUGGAUGUUUUCCAGCUGAAUUGCUCGGAAAAUCAGAGUGCGCUUCCUUAAAUACUUUUCGUAUGGUGGCACCGUUUCCCCGAAGUGGUUUGAUAGCCUACUCCUUCGGAUUUUUGUAUUUUUAUUGUAGGCUAAUAGGCCUACUUAAUUCGAAGAAUAUGCCGAUAAUUUGAUCACUUGUGUUUGCUGUUUUCUGAUAUGAUUGGGAGAUAACAGAAAUGCAUUGCAGAGUUUAAAGAGAAGUCAAGCUGGCUGCGCAUUGGACCCCUAAUUAUGACACCUCUGCUGCCGAGUAACCAAGUCCUUAUCAGUCAUUAUGUGGGUAAUCAACUAGACAAAAAGUUGUACUAUUCUCAGAAGGGGCUAAGAAUCUGUGAAAGAGUGAUUCCCUAAGCCUUGGGUGUUUGGUCAUAUGAGGGUACACUCUGUCUAGGUGAAUCCAACUUCUUCCACUUUAACCACCCAGAGGAGGCCAGUCGAAUGAAGAGCAUGCUGCCCCAGAAGAGUCCUGUCACCACAAUGGGCUACGGCUCAGACUGUGUGAAGACUGAGCACAGCAAUGGCGGCUCAGUGGGUGGCACCGUGAUGAGAGGCUCCCGUUCGAAGGCGGAGCUGCAGGACUUGAUGGAGACUCUGCAGCGCAGGAAGAGUGCUCUGGAGGCUAGCCUGAGGGCCAGCGCAGAAUCUACCCGCACCUACCUCAGCCUGCCUCCUCCCAGCCCUGUGUCCCCCACUGCCCACGGGAGCUCCGAGCGCCCCCUCUCCUCCAGAGGCCUCCCCUACAUGACCAGCAGCAGCAUGCCCCCCUCCCCUCGCCAGGGCGAGCGCCCUCUCAGCCCCAACCCGCCAUACACACGCUCACGCCACCAAUCACAGGACAGCCUGCUCCUCUCUAGCUCCUCUGAUGGUCGCCGCCCCCCUGUAGCCAGUUCUAUGCUGUCCAUGUGGAAUGGCUCCUCUUCCUAUGGGGAGCCUGCCCCCCGCCCACCUCGGGGCCACAGCGGUGCGGCCAGCAUGCCCUCCAGCCCUCGUCUAGGCCGCAGGCUAUACGCCCAGGGCCGGAACGUGGACAAUGGUAUGGACCCUGCACCACGUCAGAGGAAGUACUCUACAGGGUCACUCAACGGUCUGGGCUCUACCCACAGCCGCUCUCUACCCCGCCUCCACCGUUCGGCUGACUCCCCGGCUCUGUCCCUGCCACCACGCCGCUCCAUGGUCUCCCACCGAGGCGAGAAGGUUUCUGUGUCCUUCUCCUCCAAGUCGAGGCGCAGCCUGUUUUCUCUGGAGCGGCCGCCAGACGUGACUGUGCCAGCCACAGCCAGUGUACCGGGUACUCCCCGCCGGGCCAGCUUGGCCUCUCUGGGCUGUGAGCUGGAGGGAGGGGGCCUGCAGGGCUCCUCACCCUGCCUGGACCUGGGCCUGGGUGAGAGGAGGCUGUCCUUUGGGAAGGGGGGACUGGGGCCGAGAUCGAGGAGGGGCAGCAUCAGCUCUCUGAAUGGGAAGGAGGAGCUGAGAGACUACCACAUGCACCAGAGAGAUGAGAGGCUCAGAGAACAGGAGGUGCAGAGACUGGAGCGCCAGCGACUGGAGACCAUCCUGAGCCUGUGUACUGAGCUGGGCCGUGUGGAGCGGGACCAGAGAGGCUUGGCCGUCUCCGACCUGCAGAAGAUCAACAAGGAGCUGGAGAAGUUGCAGGUGUCUGAUGAUGAGUCUGUGUUCUCCGACUCCCCUGGCAGCGUCAGCAGCACCGCCCCGGAGAACGGCUUUGGCACCAGACUCGAGGGAUACCAGUUGGCAGAGGAGCGGCAGGUCCGCGAGCGCCAUCACAGGGAUGCCAGGGCUCAGUCACCUGCUCUCAGCCUGCGCAGCAGUGCCCCCUCACCCUCCCCUCGCCACAGAGCCAAGCAGCAGGCUGCGGAGGAUGUGCAUCUGAAACAGGAAGUGAGCCGUAUUGAGGAGGAGAGGAUCCAGGUGCUGAACAACGUAGAGGAGGUGGAGCAGAAGAUCAAAGACCUGGACAACCAGAUGGAGGAGUCCAUCAGAGAGAUGGAGGUAGAGCGGGCUCUGCUGGAGGGGGAGCAGGUCUCUGAGACGGCUCUGCUACAGAGGGAGAAGGAGGUACUGGACCAACUCAAUGAGAAGAUUGGCAGCACUGACAAGACUGCCCUCACAGAGAAGUCCCAGGAGAAAGCCCUGCUCGAUGCUGAGAGGGUAAAAGUAGAGAGGCUGGCGGAGCUUGUCUCUGAGCAGAGGACCCAGCUGGACAACUGUCCCGAGGCGCUCAAGGAGCAGCUUCAGCAGCAGCUCUCCAGGGAUGUGGAGGUACUGGAGGCUGAGAGGAAGUGGUUUGAAGACCUGGAGUUCCAGCAGCUGGAGAGAGAGAGUCGUCAGGACGAGGAGAAGGAGGGUCGGAACCAGCAUUUACUGCGAGAGAUAGCAGAUUACCAGCGUAGUACUGUCACACGCAAGGAGAGACUCCUGACCCUGAAGAAGCAGUCAACACAGAUUACCCAGCAGUCUCAGCGAGAGAAGGACAGCUUUCUGAAAGAGAAGAACAACCUGCUCCUCAUGCUUCAGAGGGAGAGGGAGAACCUGGCCUCGCUGGAGAGGAAGUAUGCUGAAGUGACUGGAGGGCAGGCCUUCCCUAACAACCCUGUUGCCAUGAAAGAGCACUUCCGCUCUCUGGAGGAGAGGAGGCGGGGCAGUAAGGAAAACUCCCACCUCAGUGACAAUCUCCGUAAGAGGAGCCAGCAGCCCCUCAGUCACUACAGCAGCUCCACACUGGGCCGCAGCCUGUCCUCUAAGUCCCACGUGCCCCUGUCCCAGAGCUCCAGCUGUGGUAGUGCCAUCCCCCGGGGCCUCUCUGUGUCUCCCAGAGAUCUGGAGUCUCAACGCCUGCUCAAGGCAGGCCACAGCCACCUGUACGUGAGUGAGGACAGACAGAGACUGGUUGACCUGUGUAGCAGGACCGUCUCAGAGUCCAACGUCUUCCUGGAGUCCUUCCACUACGCAGACAACGGCCAUGCCUUCGACACGCUCAGCGUGGACAGCUCUGACAGCAUGGAGACCAGCAUCUCUGCCUGCUCCCCAGACAACAUCUCCAGUGCCAGCACAUCCAACGUAGCAAAGAUUGAAGAGAUGGAACGUUUGUUACGAGAGGCCCAGGCUGAUAAGAAUCGUCUCCUUGAGCACAGGGAGCGUGAGAUGGAGGUGCGCAGGCAGGCCCUGGAGGAGGAGCGGCGGAGGAGGGAGGACCUGGAGAAGAGACUGCAGGAGGAGACCAACAGGAGGCAGAAGAUGAUCGAGAGGGAGGUGAAGCUACGUGAGAAACAGAGGUCACAGGCCCGGCCGAUGACACGCUACCUCCCUCAGAGGAAGGAUGACUUUGACCUCCAUGGUCACAUCGAGGCAGCUGGACACAACCCAGACAACUGCUACCACCUGGCCAUCACCGAUAAAACCUGCCGAGGGUUCCUGGUCAAGAUGGGUGGCAAGAUCAAGACCUGGAAGAAACGCUGGUUUGUCUUCGACCGGAACCGCAGGACCCUGGCCUACUACGCAGACAAACACGAGGCCAAGAUGAAAGGGGUCAUCUACUUCCAAGCCAUAGAAGAGGUUUACUAUGAUCAUUUAAAGAAUGCACACAAGAGCCCGAACCCAUCGCUGACGUUCAGCGUGAAGACCCACGACAGGGUGUACUACAUGGUGUCUCCCUCCCCUGAGGCCAUGCGCAUCUGGAUGGACGUCAUCGUCACCGGGGCUGAAGGAUACAUGCAUUUCAUGGUCUGAACCCCCCCCCCCCCCCCCUCAGGAGCUCUUACCACAUUCUGACCACAGACUCUCAGUUGACAAAUAAACAGGAAAUAUCCUCUCCUCCAGUUCCAUCGCUGCCUCAAAGACAAAGCAAUGUGACUGGUGAGGAUUGAGAAUCUGUGAUCCGAGCACAAUACCCUCCUGGUUUAUACCUUUACAACCACUUUCAUUUCAGUCUCACUUCAGUGAGCCCACCUCUCUCUUCCUUCUCCGGGACUGUUGUGAUGGUAAUCUGAUACUUCAGUUUGGCAGGGAAUUACUUCCUCUGGAGGAUUAGGUGCCCAGUGUUGCUUGUUCAUUUGGAAAUGACAAUCUAGGAAGAGUCGAAUACUUAUCGUUUUAUGUGUGAGAAGCCUUUUGGCACAAUCACUUGGUUUACCCUCAUGAUAUUUUGGGACCGUUAAUGACCCUGAGUCGCUGUCUAGGGUGUAUUAUGCAGUAUGAUAGGCUACCAGUGUACUAGAGGUUAUUGUCUCGUCCUUUUCAUCAUCCAAGUUGAGCCGGCUGUUGAUUGGUCAACCAAAGCUCUCCAUCUGUUUUCCUUCCAGCUGGACAGUCUCUUAUUUCCCCCUCAUGUGCCAAACCUUCCGGGGGACUGUCUAGCAUCUGCACAGACAGAGAGGACAAUGGCGCCCUCCAUUGUAAAACCCAAGGUGAUGCACAUAACUGAUAUGCAUCUUUUGUACCUUACUGUUGCUCAGGAACGUGGGGUCAACAGGGGAAAUCCUAAAACGACGGAGACUUGAAGGGUUUGAAAAGUACCUCUCUCAUCACUAUGUACCAAAGACAUUCUUAUUUGUAUGUAAAUCAUGUAAAUGGAACCUAAAGGUUCUGCGAAGGAAUACUUACAGGGUGUGGAAGGCGUUGACGAUCUGUGUGCAUGUAUAUACAUUUAGUGUGCGCCACACAGCUAAAUAAGUUGGCAAAAACAUUCCAGGGCACUUAAAAUACUAGUUUAAAAAAAAAUGUCUUAAUGGAACAUGGCAUUGUAUAUUGUGCCUUUAUGUAAGUCCGUCUUAUGACAGGUUGUGUAAUAUCAGGCUACCAGUGGGCUGGGUGCAGCUCCCCUACCCAAUGAAUGGGCUCAUUAAUUUCGGGAAAGUUUUAGAAGGCCUUGCAUUGCUCCUAUUGUAAAGCACCAUGUGAUAUUGGAUGUCAUUGAUGUCCUUAGCAGUUGGUCUGUUUUUAGUUAUUACACAGUCGCUGUAAGACCUGUGUAGCGCUAUAAUAGUUACUGCUUUUAAAAUGACUUUUUUUGAGGUCAGAAAUAAUGGAACAUGCAUUUAUAUUGGUUUAAUUGUAUCUGCUCUUUUUUUUGUUUGACAUAUCUAAAUAUGUGUCAGUAGUAUGUGCAUGUUGAACAUACAAAUCAGCCAUUUGUGUUAAACCAAAGAGCAAAGCAAUCUCCAGUGUUCUGGAAAGAUUAUACUGAAGUCAAAAUAGAAAAGAAAAAUGUGAUUCUACUUAUUUGACCCAGUUAUCUUAGCUGAUGUAUUUUUAAUUACUGUGAUCAAAAAUGUAUUAUUCUUUUAAGAUCCAAUGAUACUGAAAUGGCUCCCUCAUACACUGUGAGCUCAUAGGUAGCAAGUAGUUACAUGGUCAAUGAGGUUACUGGGAGAAUGCACACGAGACCAAAGGGCCUUCUCUGACAGUGUUGAGGUGACAGUUGAUUAGCUCAUAGGACAUUUUUCACAGUGUUAUGAAGGGGACUGACUAGCUCUUUGUGACCAGUUGACCUGUCAAGCAGGAACCCUCAUGCUCGGCCUGUGUGACUACACAGUAUGGACACACUUCAAGUAUUUUCCAUAUGUGUACCAAGGAAACAAUCACUUUUUUUAUGCAUUUUAAAUAUAUAUACAUUUGGUAUUUUUAUAUGAACAGUGCUAAUUCAAAUGUUAUUUUUAAUCCUGCAUGUUUUUUUUUACAAAUGUAAGAAUAAAUCAUAUACGUUUACUAA